AUGGGCAGUGAGUUGCCAAACCCCUUUCUGCCACUGCUCUUUGGCCGUAUUUCCUUUAUUCCCCUGCGGUGGUCUCCAGGGCAACCGAGACGCCCCGGGCAGACGACAGCACGCCGGGGAGCAAGGCCCAGCCCCGAGCGCACCGCGGCACACGGGGGAGCAAGGCCGAGCCCCGAGCGCACCGCGGAGCAAGGCCCAGCCCCGAGCGCACCGCGGUACACGGGGGAGCAAGGCCCAGCCCCGAGCGCACCGCGGUACACGGGGGAGCAAGGCCCAGCCCCGAGCGCACCGCGGUACACGGGGGAGCAAGGCCCAGCCCCGAGCGCACCGCGGUACACGGGGGAGCAAGGCCCAGCCCCGAGCGCACCGCGGUACACGGGGGAGCAAGGCCCAGCCCCGAGCGCACCGCGGUACACGGGGGAGCAAGGCCCAGCCCCGAGCGCACCGCGGUACACGGGGGAGCAAGGCCCAGCCCCGAGCGCACCGCGGUACACGGGGGAGCAAGGCCCAGCCCCGAGCGCACCGCGGUACACGGGGGAGCAAGGCCCAGCCCCGAGCGCACCGCGGUACACGGGGGAGCAAGGCCCAGCCCCGAGCGCACCGCGGUACACGGGGGAGCAAGGCCCAGCCCCGAGCGCACCGCGGUACACGGGGGAGCAAGGCCCAGCCCCGAGCGCACCGCGGUACACGGGGGAGCAAGGCCCAGCCCCGAGCGCACCGCGGUACACGGGGGAGCAAGGCCCAGCCCCGAGCGCACCGCGGUACACGGGGGAGCAAGGCCCAGCCCCGAGCGCACCGCGGUACACGGGGGAGCAAGGCCCAGCCCCGAGCGCACCGCGGUACACGGGGGAGCAAGGCCCAGCCCCGAGCGCACCGCGGAGCAAGGCCGAGCCGCCGUGA